AUGGCGAACGCCGGUUAUACCUCGCCAUUUCACACCUCCCAUGACACCAUUGGACAGUCAACUUUAGUGACACCUCUCUUUAUGCCAUCAUCUCCACCGCAACAAUCCAGCCCAUUGGGCUCCCCCAUAACCGCCGAAACACCAGCGACUGAGCGCGUCGAGGAUAAAAGAAAUGCGAACAACGACCACGGCAGUGACGCCGAAGACCAUUUGGAGAACGAACACCAGCAUGUGUCACACCCCUCGGCCCCUGGAAGUCCAAGAAGCCCAACCGGUUCAGACCUUGAUGCGCGCCUCGCCGAUUACACAUUGGAUUUCGGUGAUUUCCCCAGUGGACAUUUUGCUAUAGAGGGGAAUGAGGACACAUUACCACAUUAUGAUAAGGAUAAUGAUCAGCUGUCCGAUGUUGGAGGACCGGAAGAUUUCACCGCCAACAUGGAAAAGUACUUGAUGGGUGAUCUCGAGGACGGAGAGCAACACGAGGAUGAAGCCGAAGUGGGUUUCGGAACAGUUCGUCGACCGUUCAGAAAGUCGAACCAACCUGCGAUUGAGGAGGAAGCAGAUUCAGCAGCAUACAGCGAAUUUGGCCCGCCGGUAGACAUGUCGACUCCGUCGCAUCUACUACAGAGGCCCAGUGCCCCUCCCAAGGGCUCCAACCACCUAGAGGAUAUCGAAGAGUACCCCGAUGAUGACGACGAUGAGACCCAGGAUCCAGCAUCCCCAUCAGUCCGCAAGUUGUCCGACGCCUCUAGCCACCAACCUGACGAGCAGCGCGAUGAUCUACAGGAACAAAUUAAAGAACUCAAACAAACCUUGAACGAUCGAGAGGAUCAAUUACAAAAGAAUCGAACUCGAGUUCUCGAAGCGGUCUCUGCUGGGGAACAGAUCCGCCACCUUCAGAUGGAAUUGCAGCGCAAGAACGAGCUCCUGAAACAAGUCGGCAGUGAAGAGGCCGAGCUUCGUGAGCAGAUCCAAUCACUCCAAAAACAAAAUGAAGAUCUCGAAAUGCGCUUGAACCGAUCUACCAGCGAAAAGGAUAUAAAUUCCCUCCUUGAACAGAUUCGCGAGAUGCAGCAGCAACUUCAAGCCCGUAACUCGCAGGGUGAUGUGGACAAGGAACGCUUGGAUACAAUCGCUCAUUUGCGCCAACAACUUACCAUUUCCCAAGAGCAAGUGGAAAAGCGAGAUAAAACACUGGACGAGACAUUCAUAAAACUCAAGGAAGUGACUCAGUCCAAGGAGACACAAUUACUGCAAAAGAACUCGGAGAUUGAUCGACUCCAAGGCCAAAUCGACGACUAUGGCCUUGAAAAUGAAAAGCUGGAGACAGAGCUAGAACGUGCUCAGAACAACUAUCAAGUGCUCGAGGAACGAUUCAUUGAUCUGGAGACAAGAAACCGACCUCUGGAAGAGAAGAAUACUACACUUGAAGCCAAUCUUACCCGUGUUCAGUCUCACAUGGAAGCACAAGAAAGUGCCUUGAAGGCUGCAGCUGCGGAUCUGCCUAUUAGCGGCUACAGCACCUACAGCGAAAUUCUCGAUUUGAUCAAAGACCUGGGCCCUGGCGAUCCAGACUCUGCACCGCAGUCACCGUUGUCGAAAGACAGAUUCACUGACGUCCAACACGCUCCGCAAUCGCCACGACCUGAUAUUGGCACAACGCACCAGAUCGAGAUAGCCAAAUUGCAACAAGAAGUUCAAGACGCAACCGCCGCACAGAAAGCCUCGGAUGCUGAAGUGAGCCGUCUCCGCAAGCAAGAAUCCGAAACCCAGGCCCUGAUCACGACCGUCGAAAGCGAGAAUUCGCGCCUCUCCAACCGGGUAACCGAGUUGACAGCCGCUCUGAACAAGUCGCAAGACGACAUGACCCAGUCCAAAGAAGAGCAGGCCAAAUCCCUAGAAGCAAACUACCAGACCCAACUGCGCAGCCUGCAAACCGCCCACUCAACAUCAAUCUCCACCCUCCGCGCCUCGCACGCAGAGUCAAUGCGCAAAAUCCGCCAACUCCUCACAACAGCCGAGCAACGCGAAACAACCCUCCGCAACGACCUCGCAACCCUGCGCUCAACCUCAGCCACCUCCGAAACCCAUCUCAAAAAAUCCUUCAAGAUCGAGCUUCGCCGCUUGGAAGCCGUCAUCGCCGCCAAGGACGAAACCGCCGCUGCGGUCGACCACCGCAUCGCGCUGUCCGUCGACAAGCGCGAGCGCGAGUGGGAGCGCCGUAUUGAUCUCCUCCUCAAAGAGCGCGAUCGCAUGGCGAAGGUCCUUAUGAUGAGCUGGGGCGAAAAGGAGGUGGGCCGUGGACCUGGUCCGCUUGCUGAGGGUAGCGGGAAGGAGAAUCGUCGGAAGGAUGAGAAGAGUGGACAGGCUUAUCGCUAUAAGUAUGUCUCGAAGCAGAAGUCUAGGAGUGGCGAGUCAAGGGAUUAA